GGCUCUGAACAGGGCUGUUCUAUCCUUUAAUGCCUUGUCUGAGGUACGAAGCCUAAGUACCCUUGCGACAGAGGUCAGAACAAAACCUCUGAGAGUUGAUUAUUACAAUUAAAGUUUUUAAAGUAGCUGGCUAUGAAUGAACAGUAACAUUUUCAAAGGAAAAUCAAUUGAGAAUGGACCUGUGUGAGAUGUGGAAAAUAUUUUAAAGCAGAGGAAAUGAUUCACCACCUCAAAGACGCAGAACUUAGAUGAAUUAUGCAGUGUCUUGGCAGGUUACAAUGGUACCAUCUUUGCCUAUGGGCAAACAGGCAGCGGUAAGACAUUCACCAUCACAGGUGGGGCAGAGCGUUAUAGUGACAGAGGUGUUAUCCCAAGGACGCUGUCACACAUUUUUGAGCAAUUACAAAAGCAGCAAAAUAUAUACAACACGCAUUUCCUAUUUGGAAAUCUACAAUGAAUGUGGUUAUGAUCUAUUGGAUCCAAGACAUGAAGCCUCCAGUUUAGAAGAUUUGCCGAAAGUGACAAUAUUGGAGGACCCUGAUCAGAACAUUCACCUGAAAAACCUGUCUCUUCAUCAGGCUACCACAGAGGAAGAAGCUUUGAAUUUGCUUUUCUUAGGAGACACCAACAGAAUGAUUGCAGAGACUCCUAUGAAUCAAGCUUCAACCCGUUCCCACUGCAUUUUCACUAUUCAUUUAUCAAGUAAGGAACCAGGAUCUGCAACUGUCCGACAUGCCAAACUCCAUUUGGUUGACCUGGCUGGUUCAGAGCGAGUUGCAAAGACUGGAGUAGGGGGCCAGCUUCUAACAGAAGCCAAGUAUAUCAACUUGUCACUACAUUACUUAGAGCAGGUUAUCAUUGCCCUUUCAGAAAAACACCGUUCACACAUUCCUUAUAGGAACUCCAUGAUGACCAGUGUCCUAAGAGACAGUUUGGGAGGGAACUGCAUGACAACCAUGAUUGCAACACUCUCCUUAGAGAAAAGGAAUAUCGAUGAGUCUAUAUCUACAUGCAGAUUUGCACAACGAGUGGCACUGAUAAAAAAUGAAGCUGUUCUUAAUGAAGAAAUUGAUCCCAGAUUGGUGAUUAUACGCCUACAAAAGGAAAUCCAGGAACUGAAGGAUGAACUGGCCAUUGUCACUGGGGAGCGGAGGACAGAGGCCCUCACAGAAGCAGAGCUCAUUCAGCUGGAAAAACUAACAGCAUCCUUUUUGGAAGACCAGGAUCCAGAGAGUAGACUAGAGGUUGGCGCUGAUAUGCGUAAAAUUCAUCACUGUUUUCAUCAUCUAAAGAAACUAUUGAAUGACAAGAAGAUCCUUGGGAAGAGUACAGUCUCCUCUGAAAUCAAAGACCCAGACUGCCAAGAACCAUUAAAAGAGGAAGAAUAUAAAAAACUACGAGAUCUUCUAAAGCAGAGAGAUAAUGAAAUCAAUAUUCUGGUCAACAUGUUGAAAAAGGAAAAAAAGAAAGCUCAGGACGCUCUCAACUUAUCAAGCAUGAAUAGAAGUGAAUUCAGACACUCCCAGAGCCCACCCUUCCCAGCGGGGAACCCAGAAGGUCAGAGAAUGUUGCUAUCCUCAGCUCCCAUGCAGGCCCAGGACUUCAGCAUUUGCGGGUACAGAUCCAGUUUGCUCCACAGAAAAACAGGGAUGAGAGAGGAAAUGUCAUUAGGACGCCAGGAGGCUUUUGAAAUCUUCAAGAGGGACCAUGCUGACAGCGUUACCAUCAAUGACAACAAACAGAUUCUGAAACAGAGAUUUUCUGAAGCAAAGGCCCUGGGAGAAAGUAUAAAUGAAGCAAGAAGUAAAAUUGGUCACCUGAAGGAAGAAAUCACCCAGCGGCAUAUACAACAAGUAGCUCUAGGAAUUUCAGAAAAUAUGGCUGUGCCCUCGAUGAUGGACCUGCAGGAAGAGAAGCUGCGGUCACAACUGGAGGAAGAAAAAAGAAGGUAUAAAACAAUGUUCACUCGCCUGAAAGCCCUGAAGGUGGAGAUUGAGCACUUGCAAUUGCUCAUGGACAAAGCCAAGGUGAAGCUGCAGAAAGAAUUUGAAGCCUGGUGGGCAGAGGAGGCCACCAACCUGCAGGCAAAUUCUCUAGCAGUGAAUUCACUGGACAACAUGAAGCCGUUUCCCCGGACAUCUGAAUCCCAGCAUGAAGGGUCCCAGCUUCUGACUAACAAAAGUGAUGUGAAUGCCAGGAGAAUCCUGCCCUCGCCUCGCCCCAGCCCACACAGCCAGGAACAGAGCAGCACUGGCACCCCCGCAGAAGACAGCAUCCCCAAGAGACCGAUGUCGUCCAUCCCUCUCACCGGGGAUAGCCAGACGGACUCAGACAUCCUGGCGUUCAUCAAGGCCAGACAGAGCAUUCUGCAGAAGAAAUGUUUGGGAGGCAACUGAAUUUCCAGUAGGAGUCCAGCCUGCGCUGUGCCAGCGAGAAUGAAGUGCAGAUGAAGACACCACCCCUCACUCGCUCUGGCUUCAGAAAUGAUCUAUGGGCUGCUGGGAGCAACUAGUGACUUUGAUUCCAAUGGAGGGGGCUGUGUUUCUUUAAGGAUGAUGACCUGGAGACCGCCAGAGAGGUUGGGGAUGAGGCUGACAGUGACAUCCUCUGUGUGGUUGCUGGAGCUGCUGGCAGGGCUGGGCAAUGCCAGGCACUAGGGGAUGGAUAAGGGCGUCAGCUCAUUAUUGUAGUGAAGCUUCCCAUAGAGAAGGAUAAGCCUCUGAGAUUAUGAAAUGGUACCAUCACAGUGUAGUGGCAGGGGACGCUCACAUUGCUGGAAUGGGGGGAUGGGAAUAAUAACUAGUUGUUUUUAGCUAUUUACUGGCCCGGGCCCUGGUUUAGAAGCUCAGGAACGGCUGUGGCAGGCCAGGCAGGACAUCAGAGCCACAGGCGAGGCAGUAGAAUGCAGGGCAUCUUGAUGGCCAAUCCCGGUCUCCCAGACCAAACCCUCCCCCAUCAACCUCAUGGCCAGGAUGACCUGUGGGCAGUGCCUGGAGCAGCUGUGGCUCUAGGGAGCCAUCCACACUGCAGAGUCUAAGGACAUCACAGCACCAAGAGCAGUGGACAGCUCCCGGGAGCUCUGCAGGGAGCUUGAGAGAGGGCAGCGUGGGCACCUCGGGACUCACAGCCUUCACCCAGCCACUUGGGGCUGAACCCUCUGCUCCAAUGGGAAAACAUAGCUGCCGGGAGGGUCCUCUCAGUGAUUCCUCUCAACACUCCAGGCAGUGGCUCGGUGACGCAGACCCAGUGGCAGAUGCCCGUGGAGAACCGCGGCCUGCAUCAGGGGCUCCAGCCCGGCUGCGGUUGGGAGGGGGUGGGAGUGGGAGAGGGCGGCACCUGGAAGAGAAGCUAAUGGAAUAA